CUGACUAUAGAGUAUUUUCAGACAUUCUCUCUGCCAGUGCUAGUUUGAUGACUGGUGGUAGCAUUGCGGUAUCCACAGUUCCUACAAAUAAUAUUAGAACUGUGCCAAAACCAGCAAAUACUGCCCUGUCUGUGCAGGCGUCCACAUCACCAGUUACCGUAGGCUCUGCUGUUGUUUCAGAAGAGUUGAAAACGCAACCCGAAGGUGAAAAUUCAUUAAAGGAGGACAACAAUGACGGGGAAGUCAUGGAGGCUAAGCCUGAAGCUGAGCAAGAAACAGAGACGAGUCGCUCACUUAAGGAACUUUUAUCACAGGUAGCAGAACUUGAUGAAAUUUAUUCUGACACGCGUGCUCGGUUGCUUAUGCCAUCUGGUGGUGACUCUGGACACCCUCCAGAGACAGUUACAGAUGAACCCAUGGAAGUGACAGAAGCAGAACUUGCAGCAGUAGUUGCUGCGACAGAGAACCUUCCUGAAGAUGAUACACAGACCUAUUCGUCCCUGCAAAUGGCUAUGAAGAAUCCCGUUGUAGACUUGCUAGAAGCAGAUCGUGAUCGAUACGAAGACGUAGCUGCACCUGUUGUUCCUCCACUCAUUUCCAUUGCCCCUGUCCCUCCUCCACAUGGAAAACGUGAUGUACCACCACCAGUAACACCAGACGCAGGUUCUGAACGUCUACCACCCCUGCCACCGAAACGUAGUAGGAAAUCUCCACCGGGGCGUCCUGAUCACCCACCACCACCACAGCUGCAGCAGCAGGUGCAUGCGUCUGUCCCACAAAUACCUAGUUCUGCCUCUCCCCCUGCGUCACCUCCUCCAACAGACCAACCCCUACCAGCUGAACCUCGUUCAGCCAAGCCAACACUUUUCCAGAAGCUUUUCUCAAAAAAGAAAAACCGUAAAGAUAGUACUGGUGGUAGGUCACGUGAAGGGUCUGCUCAACGGCAAUCAUCUCCUUCCCCUUCGCGACCUGAAGAGGAUGUCAUAUUCAUUCCCCUAACUGGGCAGCCUGAACUUACAGAAGCUGAACAUUAUGCUCUGUACACUGACGUAGCACCCCAUGCCACUGCAUCAGAAUUCGAUGAAAUGUCUUUCUAUUACAGCCCUGUGGAAGGUGGCCGUAUUCUUACACAACAGCAGAGCCAGCCUCCAGAAGCUCGACCACGUGAUAUUUUUGCUUAAUUGUGUUUCUGUCGUGGAUGUGGACAGCUCGUUUCUUUGUUAAUAAGCUCCUUGCCAUUACAUUAGUUGAAAAUGUGGCAUAUUGUGUUCCCAAUAUAACUAUUUUGUUGCACCAUUUCUGUAUUUUUUUAGUUCCUAACUUCCCAGAUUGUCAAGUUUUAUUUUUCUGCUAGUCUUUCAUUCCAGCAGAUGGUCAUAGUGUUAAACAUUUGCUUUAUUUUUAUGAGUAGUGUUCUAAAUAUCUUGAAUAAUGAUUUCCCAGAUGUAAAACAACAGAAGUCACAACUUACCCUGAAUAUACAUUUGGUGUAUUAUGCUGUACAGAAACUGGCACAGAACAAUAUACUGUGGUAUAUUAAAUGAAACUUUUUGACAGUUUUUCUGUUUAGCAUCCAGGUGAAUUCCUGGAACUAGAUGUUGAUCAGUGAAAUAGAAACAGCACGGAGCCCUGAUUUCUUUUUCAGUUGUUUGCUUUAACUUUACUCUCCAGGCAAUAACUUUAAAUUUCUUGUGGGUAUGUGUCAUGGACCUUUCCAAUUUACAUUAUAUUAAACAUCAUGAUGCUUCCCUGCUAGAGGCACCAUGUUAUUGAAGCAUUUUAAGACAUUUUUUAUUGUUGACAUAUGUUUUUACUUUGAUUCUAAGCAUACUACCGAAUUCCAGAAAUUGGAGUUUUUUUGUUUCCUGCAGAUGGAAAUAUGUUGCAUAAAUACCUAAAUUUGUACAUGAAUCAAUAUUGAUAGACACACUUCCACAUCCAGUCUUCAGGAUUUUAUUACCUUGCUAAAUUAAUUUGUAUCAACAGAGUAUUAUUUAAAGUUAGCUGCUGCAUAACUCAUUUAUCAGUGCCAUUAAGCAGAAAUUGAUGGAAAACACAGUGGUGAGGGAAUUUCUCUUGUUUCCAAAAGAACUGUGUUACAGUGAGACAUAAAGUUUUGCAUUCAGAGAUUUGAAAGAUGGUAUAUGUAUAUUGAAGCCUAUUUAGUCACAUGAAUUUUUGUUUACUUUUCCACAGAGGGUCUGUUAGGUUUUAGAUAUAAAAAUUCGUUCACACACACAUGUUUAUCAGUGCUAUUUUGCAAUUUGGGAAUUUGUCUUCCAUGAAAUAGUGCAAAUGAAAAGUGAAGGGCUUCAUAAUAUGUUUGUCAUCUUCUAAGGCCUUUCUCAAAGGACUCCUUACGUGAUAUUUAAGAGAAGAAUCUGAAAAUAUUGUUUAAGAGAAAGUACUCUUUUCAUUUCUGGCAGUGAUAUAAGCUUGUUGGUUAUUUUAGAUUUUAUCCAAAAACAAGAAAGUAAGGUCCUAAUCUCUGCAUUUGUGGUAAAGAAAAGAAUAUCGAGCUCCAAGCGAACAUGUUUCUUAAAAAAUUUGCCCACAUUAGUUCGCUGACUUCUGCUUUUGUCAUAAUAGAGAAAUGUGACAUUGUGCUCAAAUCUCUAACAUGUUUGAUACAUUAAUGUAGAUUGUUUACUGAGAAGAAAAUUCUUUAUUUUUUAAGUGAUGUGAUUUUGUAAUGAAAAUAACAUUUUAUACAUUGUUGUUCACUUAUUAUGCAUUUUAAGAGAAAUUUUUAAAGCCAUUGUAGUAAAGAUUUUUAACAGUGUUAAGUACUUUUGUACUGUUCAACUGUGCCGAUGCAAUGCACACAGAUUAUAAUAAUUGCUCUUUAGUUAUGUUAACAGUCACUUUUCCCUCUGUUGAGCAUUUAUUUGACUCGUUAGAGAUUAAUAACGUCAUUAUUUUCCUGUUAUGGUUAUAUUUGCCACAAGUAAUUGUUUUUUAUUUGUUGUUGAGACAGUGUGUGAUCUAGUCCCUUGAGGGUAGUUAUUAGUGCAGAUUUUUCAUGUUCCACAACUAGAAUUCCCGACAUUUGCUCUGUGUGCAUUACCUCAGCAGUACUCCUGUGUGGUCUUGUACGUUGAGUGUUGUGUGGGCUUACAAUUUAAUAUAUUUAUAAAUGAUGCUUUAUGAGUCUCUACUGUUUUAUACUCUUUUAUGGCUUUUGUAAAUAAUUUUUAUAUAAAAGAAGGUAAUUGUUGAUGUGGUAUGAGCACUGAGAUUUUUUAAAUUGCUGUUGAAUGUUAUUAUUCAUGCACUGUAUUGUCAUGAUGAUGAUGAUGAUGAUGAUGAUGAUAUCAGUGAUAAGCACUGUAACUUCCUAUCCUUGUUAUCAGUAUUAAUUCCCAACGGACUUCUGUGAAAAUAUAGAUAAAUGAGAAGUGGAACCAAAUUAUCUCUGUUCGCUCAAUAUUGUUUUCAUUUCAGUAUGAAAAAUUGAAGUUUAUAUUCAGUUGUAUGGUUUAUAGCCUUAUGCUGUUUAGAAUUAUUUAUUCAUUAUUUGACAAUU